GGUUGUCCUGGUAACGGGUGGUUGUUUACUAGCUGGAGAAGGUGAUGGCGGCCGUGGGAGAGGUCCAGUGAGUAGACAUGGCCUUGGCUCCGACUGGCCUGAACCCCCCCAGCACAGGAGACCCCUUACAUAGAAUGCACGUAGCAAGACCAAAAUCUGCCAAAGGUCGCAUCCGGACCACCCCGCAGGGUUUCUCUCACCAUGCGGAGACUUACCCCUGCCACACUUCGCCCACUCCAAGGCCCCCCUCAGCCCGGGCGCCCUCAGGCCCCAGAAUGGGGCAAGAGGACAUCCCAGAGCAUCUCAACCAGCUUCCACACAGACCACCUUCAUCCAGCCUGAACCGGUACAGAGUGCUGCCGUCCAUUGGUGCAGCAGAAGGCAGCGGGGAACAUGGAGAGGACCAACUCGUCCGACAAACCAGCUCCAUGAGGAUUGUGUCAGAGUCGGGCGAACGUCCACCGGCCCAAGCUUUGUACCGAAGUCAGCCCACUCCUGCCUCCAGUGCCGACCACCCAUCCGCCAGCCACAGGGGUUCCAAGACGAUGGACACGGCGGUUCCUGUGAAUCUGCAGGAACCAUCUGAACAAGAGUCCAGACUACUGCUGGCCAUCAGAACCCACUCUGGUCAGAGGUUUGAGAGGCACUUCCGGCCCACAGACACUCUCUACACUGUUCUGGCCGCAGCUGAGCAGAAGACCGGCGUGCAGUACAAGGACUGCAUUGUGGAAUCUAUGGAAGUGCCUAGGAAGAGUUUUCUGGACCUCAGCCGCAGUCUGCAGGAGUGCAACAUUCCCAACAAGUCGGUCCUGUGUAUUCAAUACCUGGAAAGAGACUAGAGGACAGCGAGUGACGGAGAACCGUCCCGGUGACGUCCACAAACACCACAGG